AUGUCUGCUUCAUCCGCAAAGUCAAAAGCUAAGGCGCCUGCCUUGUCAGAUCAGGAGAUACAGCAGACUUACGUCCGCCUACAAAAUGAGCUCCAGGCAUUGGCUCGGAAAAUCGGAGAACUGGAAUCAGAAGCAGACGAGCACAGUCUUGUUCUAACAACAUUAGACGAGGCUCUCGCGGAGGAUCCUGACCGGAAAUGUUUCCGCCUCAUUGGCGGUGUUCUCGUUGAAAGAACAGUCAAGGAUGUUAGCCCUGCACUUAAAACUAAUCGGGAUGGGAUUCACAAAGUUAUGGCGAAUCUAGCAGAGCAGUACAAGUCGAAAGAAAAGGAUCUCGAAGAAUUCAAACGCGAAUACAAUAUCCGACCAAGAGGCCACCACCUUCCUCCUACUCAUUCCAUCGCCAGUCGAAACACUCUCCGUCAGAUAGACGCUUUUUUAGAUGCGCACAAUAUUGUACGAGCCGAACACAAUGCAACUGCACUCAAGUGGUCGUUAGAUCUCGCUCAAAAGGCCGAGUCGUGGGUCGAUCAGUGUCGAUUCGAACACACAAACGGGGUGCUUAGCGAACAGCCCUAUGGCGAAAAUAUUGCAGCUGGGACUGGCGUAUUCCCCAUAUCAGCUGCAGUCGCGUCAUUUGUGGCCGAUAAAGAUCAAUACGACCCUGCCAACCCCACAUACCUGCACUUCACUCAAGUUGUGUGGAAAUCCACGACAGAAGUAGGCUGCGCUGUAAAUCAGUGCAGAGGCAUCUUCGAUCCAUCUCUUGGGAGCGCGUCGCUCUAUGUUUGCUUGUAUAACCCGGUCGGAAAUGUUAUUGGAAGCGCAUCGUGA